CUGUGUUUAUCAUUCCACAGCAUCGAGGCCCCACCAGAGAUACUCCAGGCAAAAUGGGAAAGAUUAUCUUUUACGAGGACAGGAACUUCCAAGGCCGCUCCUAUGAGUGCAGCUCAGAUUGUUCCGACCUCCAUUCAUUCUUCAACCGAUGCAACUCCAUAAGGGUUGAGAAUGGAAACUGGAUGCUCUAUGAGCGCCCCAACUAUACUGGGCACCAGUACUUCUUGAGGAGGGGAGAGUACCCUGAUUUCCAGCAAUGGAUGGGUUUUAAUGAUUCCAUCAGGUCUUGCCGUGCCAUCCCUCAGCAUCGUGGAUCAUUCAGGGUCAGGAUCUAUGAGAGGGAAGACUUUAGAGGUCAGAUGAUGGAAUUCACUGAAGAUUGCCCACAAGUCCAUGAAGAGUUCAAUUACCAUGACAUCCACUCCUGCAAUGUGCUGGAAGGGCACUGGAUCUUCUAUGAACAGCCCAACUAUAGAGGACGCCAGUAUUACCUUAGACCCGGAGAGUACAGAAGAUAUACUGAGUGGGGGGCUGUCACACCUAGAGUUGGUUCCUUCAGAAGAGUUCAAGAAUUAUUUUAAGAAAGUAUUAUUAAAUGUGCAUGUUGUCAGUGCACACAAUAAAGUAUAUUAAAGGAUA